AUGGAUUCAGAGCUUGCACGUGGUCGUCUUGGAAAUCCACUUUUGGACCUAGACAUUAGCUUGCAGGCUGGCGACUACUUGUGGUCACAUGGAGCAAUAUCUGAUGAAACACUAAUGUUGAAGAAUUCUGUCUGCAAUGACUCAAAAUAUCUUCAUGAAGACAUCCACGGGAAAUUGUCUCAAGGAUGCAAAGAUGUGUUUAAUAGAGCUUCUGAUGAAAUUAGUGCAGAUGUUGCUCAUGAUGACCUCCUCUUGCCAAAUUGCUUGUCAUCAAGCUCAGCUGAGCAAUUUAGGCCCAAGGGGAAGCAUGGGAAGAUUCAUGCAAUGGCAUACACAAUGUUUAUGAGUACAUUUACAUCAAACAGUGGUGACCAAGAUUCCAAAAUUCCUCUCACUCAAACAAGAAUAAUUGCUAACAAGCUGGCGAAGGAUUUGAAGCUAUCACCUUUUACAAAAUAUGGUACUUGGUAUGACAAGAAGCAGUCUUCUGCAGAGCUGAUAACAGCCCUCCCUGGACAGCCAACCAAUGUUUCUUUCAAACAGUUUUCUGGUUACAUUACUACAGAUGCUCAGCAUGGCCGAGCUCUAUUCUAUUACUUUGUUGAAGCAAAAUCAGCGAGCCCACUUUCAAGACCCUUGACCUUGUGGCUCAAUGGAGGCCCGGGAUGUUCUUCCGUUGGUUUUGGUGCAUUUAUGGAACAUGGUCCUUUCCGACCUGGGGAUGAUGGACUUCUUGUCAAGAAUGGAUAUUCAUGGAACUUGGAAUCAAACAUGUUAUAUGUUGAGUCACCCAUUGGGGUUGGAUUUUCCUACUCAAACACGAGCUCGGAUUACUUAAGGUGGAAUGAUACUCAGACGGCCAAAGAUAAUUUGAGAUUUUUAGUAAACUGGCUGGAAGAAUUCCCAAACUACAAAGACUCCGAUUUGUUUUUAACUGGUGAAAGCUAUGCAGGCCACUACAUCCCACAGCUUGCAGCCUUGUUGAUGGAGUACAACAAGAAUCCUAACAUCAAACCAAUCAAGCUGAGAGCCAUUGCUCUUGGAAAUCCACUUUUGGACCUAGACAUUAGCGUGCAGGCUGGCGACUACUUGUGGUCACAUGGAGCAAUAUCUGAUGAAACACUAAUGUUGAAAAAGACUGUCUGCAAUGACUCAAAAUAUCUUCGUGAAUAUGUCCACGGGAUAUUGUCUCAAGGAUGCAAAGAUGUGUUUAAUAGAGCUUCAGGUGAAAUUAGCGCAGAUGUUGCUUAUGAUGGCCUCCUCUUGCCAAAUUGCUUGACAUCAAGCUCAGCUGAGCAAUUUAGGCCCAAGGGGAAGCAUGGGAAAAUUCAUGCAACGUUUACGAGUAUAUUUACAUCAAAUAGUGGUGACCAAGAUUCAAAAAUUCCUCUCACUCAAACAAGAAUAAUUGCUAACAAACUGGCGAAGGAUUUGAAGCUAUCUCCUUUUACGAAAUAUGGUACUUGGUAUGACAAGAAACAGGUGGGUGGAUGGUCUCAAUCAUUUGGUGGCUUAAAAGGUCGGAAGAAUGUGACAUUUCUCACAUAUGCAACGGUUAGGGGUGCAGUCCAUGAAGUUCCAUUCACAUCUCCUUCACAGGCCCUUACAUUGUUUCGUUCCUUUCUAAGUGGAACUCCUCUUCCUAGGUCCAGUGCUUGA